UUUGCUAAACCGAGGGAACGCCGCCUGUUACGUCAUAUGACUGAGACGUCCUGUGAUCCCCAUAGCAAAUAGCCCUCUCUGACGGCAGGUUAAACAUUCCAUCAGGGUCCAUACCUAAUCAUAUGAUUGUCUGUACCUACCAUGAGCAAAGACCGGGGUCACAUGACCGAAAAAAUCUUGCUUCUCACCCUGGAGAUUAUACGCCUGCUGACUGGAGAGGAUUACAUAAUUGUGAGGAAAACAUCAGAGCAUGGCACAGAUGACAAUGUCCCCUCCUUGGUGGUGCCUCCAUCUUAUUCCUACGGCACAGAUAACGACCUAAAGAUCAUGGAUCUUGCAAACAUGAUCAUUCAACUUCUGAGUGAAGAGGUUUCUUCAAAGUUUCAUAUUCUUCGUGUCCAGUUAUCGCUGGAGGAAGAGAAGCACACACAAAGUACAGCUGGAUCCAGCAGUAGAUCAGAUACAGAGGGAGAUUACACUGUCCAUUGUUCUCAUGAUUCUGUUAAGGAAGAGGAUGAAUUCACGCUGGAUUUUAAGAUGUUACGAGGAGAUGCACUUUUUAACUUGCAGUGUAAGGAGGAACCAAAUCCUACAGAGAUCAGCCCAGCUGGAUCCAAUAGUAGAUCAGAUACAGAGGGAGAUUACACUGUUCAUUGUUCUCAUGAUUCUGUUAAGGAAGAGGAUGAAUUCACGCUGGAUUUUAAGAUGUUACGAGGAGAUGCACUUUUUAACUUGCAGUGUAAGGAGGAACCAAAUCCUACAGAGAUCAGCCCAGAUGGAGCCAGUAGUAGUUCUGAUACAGAGGGAGAUCCCAGCCUUCAUUACCCACAGGAUUCGACAAAGGAAGAAAAUGGAAUCACACAGGAUUUUAAGGUGCUGGCCUUUACAGAUGUGUCGACAUCAGACUGCACACGUCAGGAUCUCAGUGUUGGGCACCAAUCAGUGGCCGUGGAGACAGAGCGAGGAGAUGUUCUAUUUACAGCGCCAUGUAAAGAGGAAACAAAUCCUACAGAUAUGUGCCCAGGUUUAGCUAUAGGUUGGGAAGCCAAGCUGAAAUGCAAUGACAAGUUUUCUUCUACUGUAAAAAAUGAUACUGGUGUCACCCGGAGUCAUCCUGGAACAAGCUUUAGGACUCUAAAUUUACCAAGAAUAAUGCAGAAAAAUUCUGACAACAAUCUUCCUACUGACAUGGACUUUCAUGAUGAAUUUAAUCUCACAGACACUGCUGAACAACACAGGGGCAUAGACUUUUCCUUUCCACAUAUUAAAUAUGGUAAAAUAGACCCUAAUGUAGAAAAACACAGAUGCAGGAUAAACUUCACUAACACAUCGGCCUUCAGAGCUCACCAACAGGCUCACCGAAGUGCGCACCAGACAGCGCGGAAGCACAUUCUAAAUUAUAUAUGUUCCGAUUGCGGAAAAGGUUUUCACCAAGUGACACAUCUCGUGAGACACAAGCGAAUGCAUACAGGAGAGAAACCUUUUGUAUGUUCUGAAUGUGGAAGUGCUUUUUCCCAGAGUGCACACCUUGUUACACAUAAAAAGAAACACACAGGAGAGAGACCAUUUGCGUGUUCUGAGUGUGGGAGACGUUUUACAAUGAAACAAACCCUUGAUAGACAUAAAAUAAUUCACACUGGAGAGAAACCAUUCUGCUGUUCUGAAUGCAAUAAAAGCUUCUCUACUCGAUCUGUUCUUGUUAGACACCAGCAAAUUCACAAAGGAGAGAAAACAUUCAAAUGUCCAUAUUGUGAGCGACGAUUUAGCAGAAACUCCAAUCUUAUUAGACAUGAAACAAUUCACACAAGAGAGAGAAACCAAAGGCGUAAAUGAGCACCGAAAAAUAUUUACGCAGAUUGCUGAUCAUUCAAGUGUUUUAUGAUGAUUUGUUUCUAUUAUUGUAUAAAAUUGAACUUUUGUUAUGAUAGUCAAAAGGUUUAUAUUUAUUUAAAGAACAAAACUCCAGUGUUUCU